AUGGCGCUGUCAACCAUCAGCUCCCUCAACGAGUCCUUCACCUCCGCGGUGCGAUUUGGCACAGAGAAAUACACACCGUUGACCGAAAAAGAGAAACAAAAUUCUGAGGAGGAUGCGACAGGUGAUGCAGCCCAAACCAACGAAAUGUCUAGCUUGGACAACACGCUGCCCGCUGCUAUGAACGUGAAUUCGCCAGUACAGGACUUGCAUGCGGCAUCAAAACAAGAGCCAGAGAAGCACUCGGCAUCAGAACUGACAGAUUCUCAGAAAGUGACUGAGGGCGAUGAGGCUCCGUCGCCUAUGGAUGUCCAAGAGGAUAUACAAAAUUCAACAGCUGACGCUCGAGGUGUGUCAUUACAGCAAGACCAGAACGCCUCGUCGCAAGGUCUCGCAGCCACACAAGGCAGAUGCAAGGAGUGUCGUGGAGCAAAGCAAGAAGGCAAUGACAGCGAAGAAGCAUCAUCAGGUGACGAGCCGGAACCAGAAGUCUGUAGCUGA